AUUUUACUCAUUUUCCGUAUUUUUCAUUAACUCUCGAUAAUGUCUGCAAGGUACGACCGUGCUAUCACUGUUUUCUCUCCCGAUGGUCAUCUUCUGCAGGUGGAGUACGCCCAGGAGGCUGUCCGAAAGGGAUCUACUGCGGUUGGGGUGAGGGGCCAGGAUAUUGUGGUGCUCGGGGUUGAGAAGAAAUCGGUGGCUAAACUCCAGGAGGAGAGGACUGUCCGGAAAAUCUGCCUUCUUGAUGAUCAUGUUGUCAUGGCGUUCGCUGGUCUCACUGCCGAUGCCAGAGUUCUGAUAAACCGUGCACAGAUCGAGUGUCAGAGCCAUAAACUCACCGUUGAAGAUCCUGUUACGUUGGAGUACAUAACUCGUUACAUUGCUGGUUUAAAGCAAAAGUACACUCAGAGCAAUGGCAGGCGUCCCUUUGGUAUUUCCUGUUUGUUAGCUGGUUUUGACUAUGAUGGAAGCCCACAUUUAUACCAGACUGAACCAUCAGGCAUUUAUCACGAAUGGAAGGCAAAUGCUACUGGACGUGCCGCAAAAACUGUCAAAGAAUUUCUGGAGAAGUACUACACUCCAGAGGAGGUAUCGACUGAGAGGGGCUCGAUAAAGCUGGCCAUCAGAGCACUCUUGGAGGUGGUGACGUCUGGACAGAAAAAUUUAGAGAUCGCAAUAAUGCGUAGAGGUCAGUCUGUCCAGAUGCUGGACAGCGACACGAUAGGUGAAUACGUCGUUGAGAUAGAAAAGGAGAAGGAGGCGGAAGCCGAGAAGAAGAAGCAGAAGAAGUGAUUCGAGUGAAUAUCUUAAUUUUUAUUUUAUAUCUUCAUGCAUAACUAUUGUAACGAAAAUUGGCAGAUUUUUUUUUCAUUAAAAUGUCUUCUUACGAUUACAA